AUAUUUGAAGUCGUCCCACUACUGAGAUCACAGUCAGACGGAGGGGGCUCGUCUGAUUUGUAUCCUUAAAUCCAAAGGGACUGGACUGGUCGAAGGAUUUCAUAACAGGUGACCAAAGGAGGAGAACAGCUUCAGAAGAACUUUUAGUCGGACUCUUCAUUCUGGCGCGUUCAUAAGUUUGGAUAACUGUAUUGUCAGAAACAACCGCUUCUACAACUUUUUUCAUCGAUAUUUCUUUAUCAGCUCCGCAACUUGCAACGUGUUGGAUUUCAUUCACCGCACAACCAAAUAUUUGUAGGCCUACGUUUAUUCCAGUAACCAGACUCAACGCGAUAGAACGGGACAGAAGAUCUAGAAGUUGUUUCGGAUACGCAAGCUGCAGUCAUUCAGCGGGAAUUGUACAACCCAGUUGGGGAACAAAGACACCGAGACAACAACACGAGCGAACACCGGUGAAAUUGCCGCCAGCCCGACCCUGUGGUUUUGCACUCCAUAAGUCCUUGCUCUUUUCCAGGAUGAGAAAAUAAAUACCGCACUUAACUGUGUGUUCAAAACACGCUCUCUUGCCAUUGAAUAAUAUAUAGCGGUAAUCAGAAGUGAACUGUGAAUGGCCAAAUAGUCUGAAGACAGACUGGAGUGGAGUGAGACUCACUUACAACUUAGCCUACGACUCGAGCUACUACUUUGUCCAGACAAGCAAAGUUGCGCCAGCCACCUGGUUUUGGAACUUUUCACCUCUGUGUUUUAUUUCAUUUUUGGGAGAACGACAGAGAAUGGCCUUUUGACAAGUUAGCUCAAGGGAGCGGACUUGCCAUACCAUUGUUCUCUGUUUUGGAGAGGAGCUGAUCCCUUUGUCUUCAUAGUCAAGCGAGAUGAGCCUGAACCUCAGAACUCCCAGCCUCCCUUUGCGCCUGAAACGAGUGGACUUUGAAGACCCCCAAGACCCUGACGCGUUCAAAUGCAAGCGUCCCAGACUGAGCCAGACCCCUUCCCCCGGCCUCGCACCAUGCCUCCGGCCUCUCUCCCAGAGCCACGGGCCCCCUGUCCCAGAGAAGCACUGCGUUUCCCACAUAGGGCCCUACGUGCUGCUGGAGCUGACUGAAGGCACACACACCUACAGAGCUGUGCACAGGAUCACAGAGCAAGAAUACACCUGCAAGGUGUUCUGUAUGAAGAAGUACCAGGAGCUGAUCGCCCCGUACACGCGCCUGUGCCCGCACGAGCACAUCAGCCGCAUCUCGGAGAUCAUCACGGGCGAGCACAACGUCUACGUCUUCUUCCAGCGCAACUACGGCGACAUGCACUCGUACGUGCGCACGUGCAAGCGUCUGCAGGAGGAGGAGGCCGUGCGCCUCUUCACGCAGAUGGCCACCGCCGUCGCGCACUGCCACCAGAACGGGGUCGUGCUCCGCGACCUCAAGCUGCGCAAGUUCGUCUUCACCAACCCACAAAGAACCAAGCUGGUGCUCCAGAACCUGGAGGACUCGUGCCUGUUGCGCGGAGAGGACGACUCGCUGACGGACAAGCACGGCUGUCCGGCAUACGUGGGCCCGGAGAUCCUCAACGCGCGCCACUCCUACUCGGGCAAGGCCGCGGACGUGUGGAGCCUGGGCGUGGUGCUGUACACCAUGCUGGCGGGACGCUACCCCUUCCAGGACGCAGAGCCCGCCGCGCUCUUCAGCAAGAUCCGCCGCGGCACCUUCACAAUCCCGGACACGCUGUCGCCGCGCGCCCGCUCCCUGGUCUGCUGCAUGCUGCGCAAGGCGCCCUCGGAGAGGCUGGCGGCGGGGGACAUCCUCCAGCACCCCUGGCUGCUGUGGGGGGGAGGCCAGGCGCCUAUGGCCCCCCACCAGCUCAGCUCCAGUAGGAACUGUGUGGACCAGGUGGUCCCGGACUCUGUGUGCAGUAGUAGUAGUAGUAAUGGUGGUGUCGAUGACAGUGGGGACUAUCUGUAAUAAAGACAGACAGAGACUUCCACAAGCAAAAAAAAACAAAAAGACUCAAGACGUUAAGUCACACCUCCCUGCUCACCCACCCCCUCCUCCUCCUCCUCCUCCCUCCACAAACACACACGUACGCUCUCACACUCCUCCAGCCAGGCAGCCAUACAUGGGAAUGGUGCUGUGGUGCCCCCCAACCCCGCCUCCCUUCCCUGCUGCUCUGCUCCCCUCCGCGUUCCUUAGCUUCUCCCCGGAGGUAACAAGAGUGUGGGGAUUGCAUCAGAGGGCAGGAGGAGGUCACGGGGUAGAGACGCGAGGAGGAGGAGGAGGAGGAGGAGCAGCAAGAAGAUUCCUCAGCUACCGUCACACAUUGCUCCGUGUCAGGCCGUGAGUGAUGUGUGAACGGACCUGUCAGGUACUAGCUAGAAUAGUUUCUUUUUUUUUUAAACCACGGCAGUGUCUGCAGCAGUGAACAGAGAAAAGUGUUUCUGAGUUAGACUGGGGGACUGGAUCCAACCUCCCUCUGAAAAAGGAGGAAAAAAAGUUUUUCAAAGUUGUUAUGACAUCUGUGCUGCAGUGCAGACAGCUAAGCGCAGCCAGGAAAAAGUCACUUGGCAGUUGUGGUGGAUAAAGCAGUCACAGAAGCAGGAUUUCCAGACGUCAGUCAUAACUCAUGCGACUGUUGUUUUGUCGAAAAUGCAUUACGUUCAGCAGUAUUCACACUGAGCUAGGACAGGCUUUGAUUUCAUUGGUUGUUCAACACACUGAAAUAUGCGUUAGUCUCGGUUUGACUCUCAGCUGUUAAAAAAAAGAAAACUAUGAAAACAAAAACAAAAAAAAUCGUAGACAGCUGUCAGAUACCUCUUUAAACUUGAAUCCUGGAGUACUUGAUGCACAAUUUGUGCCUUUUUUUGUUAUCGUUGUUUCUUGUUUUUACUGUUUACAUUAUUUGCAGUGGAUAAAACAUCCUGAUCUGACCAGUCAAAAGUGCCUUUUUGAGUUGAACAGUUGAUUUCUUUUCUGCUCUCUCGGCUGCUGAGUUGAAAUGAGGCGAAUGUUUUCACCAAAGACUGAUUUUUGCGUUCAUCAGUCCAAACUCAAGAGACUGACUUCAGUGUAGCUCUUCUGAAGACUCUCUUUGGCUUUCCUUCUAAAGGGUUGGUUAUAGUUCUGUAUUCUUUUUGAAAGCUUAAUAUAAUUCUUUAUUCUGUAUAAAAUCUUUUUUUUUUGCCCUGCUCGCUGAAUCGGAAGACCUUGUGAUGUCGCCAUCUUUGCGCGCAUGAAAAAAAAACAAAAAACGUUGCUUUCAGAUUUUACAGCUCAUGCCAGCAGUGUCUCUAGGCUUGAGCUGUCUUAUUAUGUAUGUAGGCAUAGUGGAGGAGGGCAAGGGCCCCCCAAGGAUACAGCGCUCCAAUAUUCCCCAAUACAGCAACUUUCCAUUUGGGUGGUGCAAUGUCGUGCCCACAGUUGGUUAGGCAUAAACAACACUUGUCGUAAAAGUUGUGCUCAGUGGUGAUGCAAGCAUGCAGAUGUUGAGCCCCGCCAUCACGUUCACCAAAUCGGUGAUUCUAUUUUUUGUUUUGUUUUGUUGCAAAUGUAAAUACAUUUUGUUU